ACGGGAACGGGCCCAGUCGAUCAUUGCCUUCCAAUCGUGAGUGAGUGUCUCGAGGAUUACCGCUUAAGAGUUUUUCUUUUCGUCUUAUCAGAACCGGUUGUGGUCGACGCCAUGUCUAGUGUACCGAUGUACGUGCGUGAUUGGUGGGACGACGAUCUGUUCGAAAGUCCACGCAGAACGUCCCGGCUGAUGGAUCAUCACUUUUCCACUGGAUUGUUCUCGGAGGAUAUGCAACGGAUUGCCUCGAACUUUCAUUCGUCAAACUUUAUGCGCUCAUCCCGGCUGGGUGGUAGUUUUCGACGGCCCUCCACGCUAUCGGGCAGCGAGUUUAUGACGCCAAGACAGUUCAGCACGCUGUGCGCCGCCAACCAGCGGCUGCAGAUCACGCUGGACGUGCAACAAUUCGCACCGCAUGAGAUCACCGUUAAAACCGUCAACGGUUCGAUCGUGGUGGAGGGUCAGCACGGGGAGAAGCAGGACGAGCAUGGGUACAUUUCGCGGCACUUUGUCCGUCGCUACAUACUACCGGAUGACCACGAUCCGAAGGACGUCUACUCGAGCCUGUCGGCGGACGGGAUGCUGACGAUUGUUUCGCCCAGAAAUCCGCCACCACCGCCACCGCCACCACCAGUAUCUACGACACAAAAAUCCCAAGAAGUCAUCUACGAACGAACGAUCCCGGUACAGCGCAUCGAGGAACGGACUAUGGAGAGUGUAAGAACAACCUCGGAAAGUGUUAGUAGUGAAAGCAACGGAAAGCAAUAACAAGCGAGCGAGUUCCGUUCCGGCUGCCAUGUGACACAGUCAUCACGCGAUUGGCUUACGCGUGCAUUCUAAUGUUCCCCUUCAAACGGCCAGAACCAAAGUGAUUGGCGUAAUCGCGACGAUAAGGUGCUAAUCGUGCAAAUUGCAUUCAUGCGCCAGUGUGUCCAAACACCAAACAU